AUGCCUGUCAAGGAGGGUCAAGAUAAGCCUUUUUCACUCACUUCAGCUAUCUUCUCCCGCUUCGAGGGGUUCGAUCUAAAUGAAGAGCCUCCCAAAGAUGAAAUGGAGCAGCUGCAAAAGACCGUCGAAAACCUGAAAACACAACAGGACAUAGUCCGUCAAAACAUGAUAUCCAUGGCAAAACAACAAGCAGACUAUGUGCAAGCAAGAGCCCAAGAAGAAAUCCGCCAGUUACAAAAUUAUCCAGAACCAGAAAAUUCGGACCGAGCAACACUGGAGGCCAAGUCAAAGAUUGAUGCCAUACGCAACGCACACAGAGCCAAUCUCCUAGCACGUCUAAGCACGCCUCCAAAACCAGGUUCCAGCCCCGAAGAUUUCCUCUUCAACAUGAGACAGCUGAACAGCAAUUCUAUCACCGACACCACCCCUCCAGAAGAUGAACCCAUCCCGGAAACAUCAACCACCAGAACCGCAGACACGAUCAAGGAUGAAGUGGCCAAAAAACUGCAGGAGAUUAUCACGCUGACGACCUGUGAACUUGAGGGUUAUGAUAUUCACAGUAAAAUUGUGCUGGAGAGAUAUAAGACUGCGCUGGAGAAGAAGGGUGCUGUCGGUGGGAAGGAGACGGGUGAGAUUUCGCCGCAGAAGGUUACGUGA